AAUUUUCAUUACGUAAAGUAAUCAGAAAAACCACAGCCGGUACGGAAAACAACUUGCGUACACACGGAGCGUUGUGAUAAAAAAGUGAUAAAAAACCAUAAUAUACGUAUAACCCUCAGCCCUUUAAAGUGCUCUACCAUACUCUAAUGGCGAAAUUGGACGAGAAAAUCGGCUUUAUCGGUGGUGGCAAUAUGGCCUUUGCCAUUGGCUCUGGACUUAUAAAUCGCGAAUUCGUAAAAACCUCACAGGUACUCGUUUCAGGACCAAAUAUAGAAAAUCUAGGACGCUGGCGUGAUUUGGGCAUUGCAACUACAGAUGAUAAUUAUGAAGUGUUGGACAAAGCCGAUAUUAUAUUUAUAUGUGUGAAACCACACAUACUUACACCAAUGGCUGCCCAGCUACGUAAUCUGCAUUCGCCGACUUUAAAAGAUAAGGACAAGCUUUUUGUCUCCGUGUUGGCUGGAGUAAAGCUGAAGACUCUUGAGGAGAAAUUCUCUUUUGUGGAAGGUUUGAAGAUGAUACGAACAAUGCCUAACACUCCAAUGCAAAUUGGUGAAGGUAUAACUGUGUACUCACCAGGUUCCUAUGUAAAACAGCAAGAUUUAGAGAAACUGCAUUUAAUGCUUAACUCGUUGGGCAUUGCACAGCAAGUGCCCGAAACAAUGAUAGAUGCUGUUUCAGGUGUAGCAGGUUGUGGGCCAGCAUUUGUUUAUACUAUAAUUGAAGCCUUGGCUGAUGGCGGGGUUAAGCAAGGCGUGCCUAGACAAAUGGCACAACAAUUCGCGGCGCAAAUGUUACUGGGUGCUGCUAAAAUGGUGCUAUUAACUGGCAAACACCCAGCUGUGCUAAGGGAUGAGGUUUGCUCACCUGGUGGUGCAACUAUUGUGGGUGUACAUGAACUGGAGAAGGGUCAAUUACGAGCAACUAUCAUGAACGCCGUAGAAAAAUCAAGUGAACGCGCAGCCGAGCUGGGAAAAAAGUAAAGGAAUUUGACCCCACGCUAAAAGUUUCCAAUAAAAUACGAGCAUUUGUGACAAACAUGUAGUCUAAAGAUUUAUUAAGCCUUAUAAUAAAUAUGUAAUUAUGUGUGUAUAACUAAUCUUACUUAUUAGAAAAGUUAAUAAAUAAUUUGUUGCUGUCCU